AUAAAGUGGCCUAUUCUUUGAUCCUCUGUCGUCCCGCAGUUGUCUCUCGCCACUAAAGCGCUGCUUUGCGCAUGCGUCGCAUAUCCAAUUUGUUUACGGUCUAACAAACUGUGCUCGGGAUAAAAUCUCGCGUUCAUAGGGCCUAGAUAAGAGAUACUGUUCAUUGGCUGUCGAAUAAGAAUCACUGCAAUAGCUAUUUGAACACACGCCUUUACUUUUGCCCAGUCUGUUGGCCUAAGAAGGACGAACAGCAUUAGCAGCUUACAACAAGAUAUAAGAAACGGUUGUACUUGUGGUAGCUGUACACUCUGAUACUUUAAGAGAAAGAGAUUUCCGUUAAAUUGUUUUUGCUAUAGUGCCACUACGCAGGGAUAAUCCGACACGGAGGAUGUAAGCUUUCUGCUCUUUCCGUAGGCCUCCUAGGCUAUUUUUCCCUUCCUCUCCAAUCGACGACGCUUGCCAUGGGAGAAGGAAACAAGCUGUCUGAUCAACCAUUAUUCGAGUCUUCCGAAUGCCGCAGAUACUCAACAGCUCUGCAACUGAUUCAAUACAUAUAUAAAGAUAAAAAAACAAAACAAAUAUAGAUAUUGUUUCACAGUAAUAGGCAAAAGUAUUAGCGACGAAGCCUUUUCAAACGGGAAACGUAAGGAUUUGUGUGUGUGUGAGUUAUAGAAACAAGUUCCUCCUACCGACACAUUUGGCUUUUGUGAAGAAUCGCCCGCAGCCGCUACAUUCCUAUACGGUACCAUAGGAGCCGCACCAGAGGACCGAAUAGCCUCGAGCACCUCGCGGGUCCUAUUAUGGAGACUUCUUUUACUUGACCAAUUCUCCGCCAACAGCCAUCUCCCCCCAUAUAUUGGUACCCUAAAAGUGGAGCCCUCUGUCACUGUGGCACAAAUCCCAUGGGCCUAAACAAACAGAGAUGCUGGUGAUUUUCUGUUGUGGAAACUUUUCGGAGGAUUACGUUUAAGCCACUGCAGAAGGCGAUCAGAGAGACGAAGGCGGACAGAGCCUAUCAACCUAUUGACAAUUGUGCCUGCUGAAGCUACCGUUUAGAAUCCAGGAUAUACGAGUGAAUCGAUCGUAGUCAUUUUUCGAAGGUCCCGACGGCCACGUGCGCUUAGGUACUGACUAUCUGGUGAUUAACCAUGUUCCGCAAAGUGGUUAGCCAAAGCAUUCGUUGUGGGUCUCAGGUGAGACGAUGCAGCGGUAAUUUCCGCGGUGGAAAUUCGGGCCGGUCGCCUCAAAAGAGGCUCACGCUGCGAAUUCUUACCGCUGUUACGGGAGCCAUUGCAGCUGGCGCAUGCUUUGCACAUGACACCAGAGAUGGGAAACAUGGUUUUUUUAAACUACUGCUACCGCUCGUCAACGAGGCGGAGUCCAGAGGCAAACCAACGAAGGAGAAUGCCAAUGUAGUGCAGCCCGAACCUGAAAACCUCGACGGCAAAAAGGACGACGACAAAUCGUCCAAACAGGAGAGCUGUUCGAAGAAAAAUAAGCCGGGGUUUCGUGAUAGAAAGAUCAUCGAGUAUGAAAACCGAAUGCGUCAGUACUCAACGCCCGAUAAGUUGUUCCGUUACUUCGCCUCCGUGAAGGUCCAAUACGAGAACGGUGAGAUGGAGAUUUUUAUGACGCCUCAGGAUUUCUUACGCUCUAUUACGCCUGGCAUCAUGCAACCACAGGGCUAUGGCUUGGAUCACUACAAGAAAAUCGAUGCCAAGCUUCAAAGAGGCACUUCGAAAUUGCGUUUCGAAUGAUCGAUCUAAACGGAGAUGGUGACAUCGACUUCGACGAAUUCGAAAAGGUACAAGCUAUUAUUCGUAACCAGACGAGCAUCGGAAGUCGCCAUCGCGAUCACCAGGGUACAGGGAACAUUUACAAGGGCGUGUCUUCGG